CCACUCUCAAAGAUUGACAGGUAUCAGAUUCACAACCGUCGGAAUUUUCCAUCGUCGUAUCUGAAUCGUUCCUCUUAUCACCGGCGGUGGCUGUCUCCGUGCCGCUCCGCCGUUGGAUUACUGGUCUACGUUUCACUACGUUUUGUUGCCUACUUUCUAUAACCUGGUUCAAUGUAAGAAUUGCAAAUUCGAUUUGCAUCAACCGAUUAUGAUUAAUCACAACACAAAAAUAUCUGUUCGAUCCUUGCCAGUCUUUGAGUUUGGCAUUUGCUUAAGAGAGAAGCUCUCUGCCUCCGCCAUCUUUGCUGCUGGCACUGGACUCUACCAGUUCUCCUGUUCCUUUCAUGUUUCCUGAUCUGAAUAGCACUGUCCAUACAAUGGCUGUUGCAGCCUUCAAGGCACCUCCUAAUAGUGAAUAUUGUGGAAAUAAGAGAAUGGAAGGAACACCUUCUGGCCGGAAACGUGUAUUUGUACAGACUGAAACUGGCUGUGUUUUGGGUAUUGAGUUAGACAGAAGUGACAAUGCUCAUACAGUGAAGAGGAAACUACAAAUUGCUCUCAAUGUCCCAAUUGAGGAGAGGUCACUUAUUUAUGGGGAUGUAGUCUUCAGGAAUGAUCUUAGUUAUGUCAGGAAUGAUUCUCCACUUCUUCUCACCAGGAACUGCAUGCGUAAGAGCUCAUCUACCCCAUGUUUCUUGCCUACUGCAAAGGAUCUUCAGCAGAGAGACCAGAGUGGCCCUAUUGAGAUAUUAGGAUGCUCAAAUCGCUCUAACAAUACAAAAAUGCUGGUGAAGGAAAUUGUGAAGGAAAUUGUGAAGGCAAUGAAGUCUGGGAUUGAUCCUGUUCCUGUCCAUGGUGGGCUUGGAGGUGCCUAUUACUUUCAAAACUGCCAAGGUGAAAAUUGUGCCAUUGUAAAGCCAACAGAUGAAGAACCUUAUGCUCCAAACAAUCCAAAAGGUUUUGUUGGGAAAACCCUUGGACAGCCGGGUCUGAAACACUCUGUACGUGUUGGGGAGACAGGCUUUAGGGAAGUGGCUGCUUAUCUUCUUGACCAUGGUAAUUUUGCCAAUGUUCCAUCCACAGCUCUUGUGAAGGUCACUCACUCUAUUUUUAACAUUAAUGAUGGCAUGAAUGGAAAUAAGCAACAGGAGAGGAAGGAGGUCAGCAAAAUUGCUUCACUUCAGCAGUUCAUUCCUCAUGACUUUGAUGCCAGUGAUUAUGGGACUUCAAGCUUUCCAGUCAGUGCCGUGCAUGGUAUAGGCAUAUUAGAUAUUCGUAUCUUGAAUACAGAUAGGCAUGGUGGAAACGUUCUGGUCAGGAAAAUUAACAGAGACGGAGGAUUUGGUCAGGUGGAGCUUGUUCCAAUUGAUCAUGGCCUUUGCCUUCCGGAAAACUUGGAGGACCCUUACUUUGAGUGGAUCCACUGGCCGCAGGCUUCAAUUCCUUUCUCAGAAGAUGAACUUGAAUAUAUAGAUCAUCUUGACCCAUAUGGAGAUUCUGAGAUGCUAAGAAUGGAGCUGCCCAUGAUUCGGGAGGCAUGCCUCCGGGUCUUGAUUAUAUGCACAACAUUUCUCAAGGAAGCUGCUGCUUUUGGUCUGUGUCUUGCAGAGAUUGGUGAGAUGAUGAGCAGGGAGUAUCGAGGCCAUGAAGAGGAACCUAGUGAGCUUGAGUUAAUAUGCAUUGAGUCAAGGAGGCUGUUGGAGGAGGAUUUAUUUCAUGAUAAUGUGAAACCAGGAAAAAAUGAAGAGUUUGAGUUUAAAAUUGAGUGCGGGGAUCAUGUGUUCGAUUUACCUUUGGAUGUGGGAGAUAGAUUGGCACCCAAAAUUUAUAGUGGGUCAGAAGGGACAAAUCUUCAAAACCCACUUUUCAAGCUGGAGGAGCAUGAGGAGGAAGCAGAGGAUGAGGGAAAUGCGAUGCCUCCAACACCGACGCCUGAUGAAUAUGCUGGCUCUGUAUCUCACCGGGCUCCUUCAGUUUCAAGACUGUCCAUGUCAAUGAAAAAUAUCAGUAUUGGUGAAAAGAGUUGGCGACACGAAAGCACACUGCAGAAGAGUGGCUAUUUGGCUGGUAUAUCAUCUGGGAACAGGAGUGUGAAUGAACAGCUGCCUGGAAGUACUAGCUUCGUUAAGUUGGCUGACAUGAAUGAAGAGGACUGGAUGCAGUUUCUUGAGAACUUUCAGAAGCUACUUUACCCAGCAUUCGCUAGUCGUAGAUCAGGGAAUGUGGGUCAGAGGCAGAGGCAAAGGCUCGGAACUUCAUGCCAGUUUUGAGUAGUUUUUUAUUGCAAAUUGUAGGUGUUGGAAACUGAACUUUUUUAGUCUUGAAGGCAUGUUACAGUUAGUAAUUCUGUAUUCUGCAGUCAUGUAUGAAUGAACCACCCUUGGAGGAAUAGAACAUAUCAUUUGGAUCAUUUUGUCAUUUGUAUGAAAUUUUUUGGACCUAAGGUUAAUUCUGCUACAGGAUUAUAGUUAG